AUGGAUGCUCUAAUAUGGAAUAUCAGGUCAGUUAAUACCCAACAAGCCUUUGAAAGGCUAAUCAAAAUGCACAGGAAGAACAAUUAUGAAUUUAUAGGAUUAAUGGAACCCAUGCAGCCUGCUAGAACAUUAGAAAGAUAUAGGAGCAGAAUUGGAUUUGCACAGGCAAUUGCAAAUGUAUCAAACAAGAUCUGGGCUUUCAUUGAUGAAGUAUAUGAAGUAACAGUAGUGUAUAACUUAGUCCAGCAGUUAACUCUGAGAUUGCUUCACACAGAAUCUCAUUUUGAGUUUGUUCUUACAUUGGUGUAUGCUAAGUGUGAUGUCAUAGAAAGAAUUGAACUAUGGGAUUCACUUUAUUAUUUGGCACAAAAUAUGACAGUUCCAUGGUUAGUUGGUGGUGACUUCAAUGUCAUUUGGGAUGAGGAAGAAAAGUUUGGAGGUCUCCCAGUAUCUCUAAAUGAAAUAGAUGAUUUCAGGCAUUGGAUUAACACCUGCAACUUGAUAGAUUUGGGAUUCAAGGGCAGCAUAUUUACAUGGUGGAAUGGUAGGGCAGAAGAAGAUUGUAUCUUUAAGAGGCUAGACAGGUGUGUGGCAAAUACUGAGUUUCAGCAAGCUUUCCCAGGAAUAGAAGUUCAGCACUUACCUAAGAUAGGAUCAGAUCAUAGCCCUCUUCAAAUAAAGUGUGAUAUAGAGACUCCUCUUGUGAAGAAACCAUUCAGAUUCUUGAAUUUUUGGGUGGAUCAUGCAUCUUUCAAAGAAGUGAAGCUUAAGAAAGUAUUAACAGGAUGGAGCAAGGAAACCUUUGGAGACAUUUUUCAGAAGAUAGCUAGUUUGGAAAAGGUUGUCCUUGUUCAUGAAGCUGAAUUUGAAGCAAAUCCUACCAAGCUAAACAGACAAAGGUUGCAAAAAGUACAAGCUGAACUCAUUAAAUUUUAG